ACAAAAAACGGAGGGGACGCGUUCUCUCGUUGCUACUGCCGCUUGCCCCUGGCUGUAGCACCCCCGUCUGCAUGACCAGCAUGGACGAUCCGCUGGGGUAUGUCGUCGAGAAGAUGGUGCAAAAGACCAUCGAAGACCUCUUCGACUCGCCCGACUUUCUCGAGGAGCUACGUCUGGCGUCCAUGCCAGGUGCGCUUUCGUCGCGGUCGUCCGAGACUCUGCGCGACUACUUUAGCUCCGACUCGUGUGUGGGCGGGAUGGUGCAUCUCCUGUUUCAAGACCCCAAGGUGGUGUUCACAUACCGCAAUGCCCCCACCUAUGCCGAGUGCGCACGGCUGUACCAUCUUCAGAACCUCAUGACGAGCUCCAACUUUUCACAAGGAAUCGUGGACACCAUGUUGUCGCGGGAUGCCCCGGCCGCCCGGACGAACCUGCUUACGAAUCUGCACCACUUCGACCCAGUUGACACGAUGAAUGCGGAAGCUAUCUCCCGCGUGUGCACGGCUCUGUUUGAAAAGACCACGAUCGCGCAUUUCUUUUCGCUGUAUGGCCACGAGAGCGUGGCGUUGUUUCAAGGCAUCUUGUUUCAAAUCGGGCGCGAAUCCAUGAAAGAACUCACGCUGCGGUUCUGCGACGAUCUGUUUUGCGACGAUCUGGACCAACAGGCGCUGUGGGAUGUCGUCCCGUACCAAAUCCUCGCCCAAGUGUUUCCGUGCACAACGUUGGCAACCAUCCAAAACAAACUACCGCCCACCCUCGACCUCGCCGCCACUUCCCUCGACUACAAGUUCCCCCUCAUGCUGUACACGUGCGACUUUGUCACCGAUUUGAUCCAAGAAAACAGACCCGACACCGUCGGCCGGUUCAUCGUGCUCCAGCUCACGACGAACCCGAUCCUCGGCGCCGCGCUCGUCGACGGUGUUCUGAACGAUCUACAAACGCUGCCGUCGCCGCUGUCGUGCGAGUCGUACGGCAUGAAAGUGCUCAACUCGAUGCUCCAGUUGCACCACUGCGGGUGCAUCAGCCGCCAUCAAGACGCCGUCCAGACCACGGACGCGGCGCGAGAAGUCGACUGCCAAGGGACGCUGAAUGCGCUGUGGACGGCAUUUCUGUCGCGGUUGCCAGCAUUUCUCGAUGUGCUGCAUAUUCCACCGCACCAGAACUUUAGUCUCAAGCACGUUCAGCUGCUCUACUUGCUGUACCCCGUCCUUCGCGUGAGCUGUAUUGCUGUGGACGAGCUCCUCAUGCAGGACCACACGUUUGAGCAGCUCCUUGUGCUCGUGGAGCGGUACCCGAACGCGAACAUCCUGCACACGGCCAUCUGCCGCCUCUUCAUUACGUGCCUCGAAGACUGCCCCGUCAUGUUUGGCCAGGAGCUCCAAACGCGGCGAACGAUCUGGGACCCCCUCCGCAACUCGCUCCUCACAAGCUCGAUCUUGGGCACAGUUAUCGCGGGAUGCCAGUCGAGAUACGUCACGUGCUUCAAGGACAUCGCGAUGUCGUUCGACGAGCUCAUGAUGCAAACGCCGCCGGUCGCCGCGGACCUGGCCGCCAUGUGGCACGAUUUUGCCACCACCGACUUGGAGGAUAUCCGCGCCGAGUGGGCGAUCAACCUCCCGACUCCCAAUGGCGGCGGCACUGGCGUCGAGAAUCACCUGGUGCAACUGAGUAAGCAGUCGAUGAGUCAAUCCGAGUUGCUCCUGGCGAAGGACGUCAGCGAAGACGACUUCGACACGUUCCCGUCGUCACCGACGGCUGCCGCGCUCGUCAUGGACAGUAGUAGCAGCUCUGUUCGAAAGCCACCGCUUCCGGACCCGAGGAAGCUCGCCGAAGUGUGUGGCCCUACGACAACGAUGGGGGCGAUGGCGGGCGAGGUGGAAAGUGACAUGGGGACCCGCGGCGAGACCGUCAGCCACGUUAAUCUCUCGCCGACGUCGUCGCCAAAGAAAGACUCCAUGUCGCCGCUGCAGGCCCUGUACGACCCCGAGGAGCAAGAUUUAAUUCGGCAGUUUUCAAAGAUGCACGCGUCCGACGUGGUGCGGUAGGGCAGCAGUCUACACGGCGGCGCUGGGUCUGCCCACCAAGCACUUCAAGAGUCGGCAGCGACGCUUUCUUUUAAGUUAACACGUGCGUCAUGCCAGACGUGAUCGGUAUACCUCGU